CUCUUAUCAUCUCCUAUCAGUCUAUCACGCAUCAUCCAUGCAUAUCUCUCCGUCAGCUACAUCUGCAGCGGGCCAAACCGAAAAUAGGUGGCACAGUAACCCACGUAACCCAAUGAUUGACAUGGAGUGCGAGCCGUAUCAUCCUAACAUGCUGUGUCGCAUUGUGUGCCCAGUGGCUGGGGGCUGGAAUUUCGAAAUUUGAGCUCCAAGGAGCCUUGUAAUCUGCCAAUAGGAAUUGAAGAUAAGAGCAACCAUAAACCGGCAAGUGGGCGGGCGUCGUCACCGGGGAUUCCCAUGGUUCAUUCCUCAGCAUCACAUCUGACCUGAUCUUCCUCUUCCCGUAUCUGAUGAGCUGUGCGUUUCUCCAGUUUCUACCAUUUUGAUUCCAAAACUCAAUCAGAAUGGGGUCACUCGAGAAGAAGACUUCGGCGCCACGGACUGUGGCUCCUAGCGACAUCCAGCAUGGGACGAUCGAGGAUCCUUCGUCGUCGCACGAAGGACAUGACCUGAGUGCGCUUGGGUACAAACCCGAGCUAUGCCGCAACCGCUCCAUGUUUACACUGCUUUUCCAGUCUCUGGCUAUAGCUGCUAUUCCCUACGGUUUCGGCGCACCUCUUAUUAGCGCUAUAUAUGGUGGAGGCCAACUGGCUAUGUUCCUUGGAUGGGUUAUGGUCUUGAUCGUCGACGAAUGCGUGGCCAUAAGCCUAGGAGAGCUCGCUUCAAGGUACCCCACGUCUGCCGGCCCGUAUUACUGGUCCUUCCAAGUCGCAAGUCCUCGCAUUCGCACUGUGCUAUCAUUCGUCACUGGCUGGACUUGGCUCGUCGGAAACUGGACCAUCACACUGUCGGUCAACUUCGGUUUCGCAUCUUUGGUGGCAGCAACAGUGGCUCUAUACUACCCCGACUUCGAGUGGCAGUCGUGGCAUCUGUUGCUGAUAUUCUACGCCAUUUGCCUCAUUACUUUCGUCAUUGUCGCUUUUGGAAACAAGUUUUUGCCCUCUGUGGACACCUUCUGCGCUGUGUUUACUGCCCUCACCAUCUUCAUCACCCUGAUAUGUCUCUCAGCAAAAGCCGAGUCCGGGAGAAACUCGCCGAGCGAAACACUGGGGCAUUAUGAUACUACCCUGUCUGGCUGGGGCAGCUUUUCUUUCUUGAUUGGAACUCUGCCAUCUGCGUAUACUUUCUCUGCCAUCGGAAUGAUCUCUUCUAUGGCCGAAGAGUGUGGUGACCCGACCAUUAAGCUGCCCAAGGCUCUGGCUCUCUGCGUGCCCGUUGGAGGUAUCGCGGGACUGUUCUUCAUUAUCCCCAUCUGCGCGACCAUGCCAGCUCUUGCAGACAUCCUCGAAGCCCCAGUCGGACAAGCUCUGCCCUAUAUCUAUCUUCGAGUGAUGGGAUCUCCUGCCGGGGCAUGUGCCUUGACGGUUCUCAUCCUAGUGAUCACUCUAUUCUGCAGCAUAUCCAUCACAGUGGCCGCAUCUCGCUGCACCUGGGCCUUUUCCCGCGACCACGCUGUACCGGCUUCGCAUCUCUGGUCCCGCAUCGACAAGCGCCACGGUACCCCUAUUUGGGCCCUCGUUCUCACUACCGGAGUGCAGAUGCUCCUAGGACUUAUUAACCUCGGCUCUUCGUCAGCCUUCAAUGCUUUCGUUGCUGUCGGUGUAAUUGCCCUUGCCGUAUCUUAUGGCAUCCCCAUCACCUUGUCCAUGAUUUACGGUCGCCAAGGGGUCAAUGGAGCUCGGUGGACGAUGGGACCCACUAUCGGCUGGAUUGUUAACGUGAUUGCGGUGGCCUGGAUCGCCUUUGAGGUCGUUCUCUUUUCGAUGCCUACUGCCAUUCCCGUCACGGCGGUGAGCAUGAACUACGCCAUCGUUGUGUUCGUUGGUUUCAUGGCUCUGAGUGCCAUUUGGUAUGGUGUGCAUGCUCGUAAAGUAUACAAGGGACCGCCUGCAUCGGAUGGACUAAGGGUUUCAUAAUACAAACAGAAUAGUAAUCUGGCAUAGGUGGAAUGACCAUGGAAGUUACCCCU